AUGUCGUUCGCCAUCGGUUCAUUGCGGCCCAGAGCGGCACUUGCACCCCUACAAAACGCCUCGUGCCAAUGCCGACAUGCUUCUUCCCGGAGUAUAACCGUACGACUGGUACGAACGAUUGAUGGACUGGGUAAAGGCAACGAGCUCGUCCAGGUCAACCCCGGUAGGAUGAGGCACAGUUUGUUCCCGGAAGGCAAGGCCGUCUACGUACCCUGGAAGCGGAAAAGCGUAUUGAAGGCCAUGAUCGCCGACAAGAACGCCUCAUCAUCGCUUCCCACCGCUCCCAAUCCUCAAACCACCCAGACGCCCUCGGCCCCUCUCCUCUCCAAAUCCGAAUGGACGACUACCUCCUCCCUCAUCCCUCUCAGCUUUACCCUCCCCGUCCCCGCUUCUUCCUCCACCGAGACACUCUUUGGUUCUAUCCAUCCGUCGGACCUCGCUCGGUAUUUCCAGUUCGAGCUGCAAGCGGAAAACGAGAUCCCCGUAGAGUCACUAGACUUUGCUUGGACGGAUAAGGAGAAAGAAAAAGGCAGGGUAGAAGCCGGGGAGAGGGUGAGAAAGUUGGGCAGGUAUACUUAUACGGUCGGUGUCAAGGGGGAUCGGAAUGGGUCGAUGAGGGUGGAGAGGGAGGUGGAGCUCGUACCGCAGGAGGCACCGACGUCAGCAGCAACGACGAGCUAG